AAAAGGGCCAAAUCGUUAGUUUAGCAACUAGUAAUCUACUGCCGACCACUCGAUCCCUGCUGCGCACUAUCUACUAUCCAUUCGAGCUGUGUCCUCCUUAUAAAGCCAAACAAGAACCACCACCUUACGUACAAGCACAAAUCGUCCUCCAAUCUCCAUGGCCACAAAGCUCCAGUGGUUGCCAUUGCCACGGCUCCUGUUCAUCCUCUCCACUCUCUUCUUCGUUGGGCAAAUCGCCGCCGCCUUGCCAUGGAUUGAGUCCCACCAACGAUACCUCGACCAGCCCUCUGGCCUCUACCCCGUCGUGCUGCUGCCGGGAAGCAGCUGCAGCCAGAUCGAGGUUCGCCUCACCGAUGCUUACGAGCCGCCGUCGCCGGUCUGCGAGGCGCUCAAGCGCGACGGCCGGUGGUCCCUGCUAUAUAAGAACAUCACUGCUCCUGAUGCUGAAGUCCCGUGCUUCGCCGAUCAGCUGCGCCUGGUCUAUGACCACGCCAGCGGUGACUACCGCAACGCGCGCGGCGUCGAGACCCGCCCCCUCUCCUUCGGCUCCACCCGCGGCUUCCUCGCCAACGAACCUGCCGACAGGGAGCUGUGCAUGGGGAAGCUGGUCGAGGCGUUGGAGCGAGAGGGGUACCGCGACGGCGAGUCCCUCUUCGGCGCUCCGUACGACUUCCGGCACGCACCCGCUGCGGAGGGACAGGCGAACAGGGAGCUCUCCCGGUUCCGGCGUGCGCUCAGGGCGCUCGUUGAGCGCGCGAGCAGGGCGAACGGGGACAAGGCGGUCGUCCUCGUCUCGCACAGCCAGGGCGGCUACUUCACCAUGGACUUCCUCAGACGGAGCCCGCUAUCAUGGCGCAGGCGGUUCGUGAAGCACCACGUGAUGGCGUCCACGGGCGCCGGCGGGUUCGUGGUGUCGAUGCAGUUCUUCGCCUCCACCGACGACUCAUCUUCCAGCUCCCCUCCGUCGCCUGCAACCGCCAUGUCGCUGCCCAGCGUUGGCAGCACCUUGCCCAGCAGGUUCACGGCGCUGCCGUCUCCCGUGGCUUUCGGCGACGACACGCCGCUGGUGGUCACGCGGAACAGGAGCUACGCCGCACGAGACAUGCCCGCGUUCCUGGCAGCCGCCGGGCUGCCUCCUGACAUGGUGCGGCUCUACGAGACACGGGAGCUCCCCGUGGCGCUCAACCUCGGGGCGCCGCUGGUGCCAGUGACGUGCGUCAAUGGCGUCGGGGUGCCGACGACGGAGAUGCUGGUGUAUAAGGACGGCCUCGACGGCGCCCCGGAGGUGGCCUAUGGAGACGGCGACGGGGUCGUGAACCUGGCCAGCAUAGUGGCGCUUGACAGGGUGAUCGGUGGAGACCCAAGGCAGGAGUACUACAGGUCCGUCAGGAUUGCCAACAUGUCUCACCGCGGCGUCGUCUCGGAUCCUGUUGCUUUGCGGAGAUUGGUCGGUGAGAUUCUUGUGGUCACUAGCGCCGAGGUGAUGUAGCUUGCCUAGGAAGAAAAUGAGCAAAUAUCUAAUAACAAGCCCCAUAGUAUAAAUGAGCAAUGAGAAAACCAGAAUUACAACAAAGUACCACGAUUAAGGGGAAUUCUAUGUAUGUAUGAAGUUGGAUGUAUAUAUUUUAACUCUAAUACAAAUGUAGGAUGUGACUAA